UUUUAAGUGUAGCUUAUCACAGAGGGGCAUAAUAACAUUUAAAACCUGAGUGCUAUUCAAAUAAGCAACCCCAGUAGGAGAUAUUUUUAGUGCCUAAUUGCCAAACCCAUCACAUCAAUAAUUUCCAAAUCCUUAUUCUCCAUUUGGACCAGUACCAAGGACAUAAGAUUGUCCUUCUUGACUUCCACACAAAGCUUUAGGAGCAACAACAGAUCGAAUCAGCGGGUUUCAAACAGGCCGUUUUAGGCUGUCCAUGGGUUAUGAUAUGAUAAACUGCUGAGGAGGCCUUCAGGUCUAUCCAAUUAAGAGGGGAAACAGAAUCCUGACUUCAAGGACCAGAAGCAAUUACAAAUUCUGACAGUAGCCUAUUUAUUAUUUGAUCCAUAUCCAUUCCCCUCAUGCUAAGCUGCUUUAUCAUGUGUGAUAUAUUUUAUAUCUUUCUGUCAUAAGUUUGGAAUUCAUGCUGCUGUCUGGUGGGUUUUGUUUCAUGUUUUAGGCAUCUUUGGUUUUGUUUUGUUUAUUUCAUGUCUGUUAUUUUGAGGUUUAGUUUCCUUGUUCUUGGUAUUGGCUGUUGGUGAGUAGUUCUUCCUCAUGCUUUCUUGUUCCUGGAUUCCUUUAGUUUUAAGUAAAGGCAUUCAGGUUGAAGUCCCCACCGAGAUAGAAACACACACACACAUGCACGCACACUGGUUUCCAGAACUUUUCCACUGGUUUUAUGCAGACAUAUAGACAUAAUGAUUUUUAUACUGUACAAACUGUAUACCCCUAUACCCAUCACAGAAAACUUCAAUGUUAUACAUAUAUAUAUAAUUUUAUAUUAUUUUGUAAAAAAAAAAAAUUGCUAAAGGUUUUUAAUGUAUUCUAUGAGCGCAUGUCUUGUAACUCCUUUCUCUAAUGCUUCAGUGUUUAUAAGAAACAUAGAGGACAUUAUCUGUUUUCUUUUGCAAUUCUUAUGCUUUGCACAAUAAUAAUGAUAUGCAUGUUCACAAUAUUGGAACAAAUAUGGAUGAGAAAGUUUGAAUCUGAAUCUGUUGACAAUAUCUUUGCCUAUGAAUCAUGCCUCUUGAGAACAACCUUUUUGUUUUUCAUUAUAAAUAGUCUGAUGUAUAAAGAUGCAGUUCUUCUAAACCCCUUCCACAGGGAUAAUAAUGGCAUGUUUCUUCCAAAACGCACUAGGCAAAACAAAAAGAGACAAACCUCACAAAGGAGUCAGUGCCAGACAGUAUAUCUUCUGAAUCACCUAGCUUCAAAGUCUAUUCAAACACACAUAAAACUGAUCAAAGAAAUCAUACUCCAUGGAAACUUCUUUUUUACUUUCUAAUGUGCUGACAUUCAGGGCUGUAUAUAGGCGUAUUUGAAUAUCGCUGUAGAGCCACAUGUGGAAUAGAGGGGGGCAAGUGAUACCCAGAGAACAGAUGGUAUAAACAAAUAAAGUCAUAACCACAUGAGUGACAUUUAAGACGGUCAGUAUUGCUGAGAUUCUCAAUCUCUCACUGUAUCUCGAUAUGACAGUGCUUCUCACCAUCUCUGCGGGGAAUUUUAUAUUCAAUUACAUUCUGCAUGUUUGAAAACCUUCCAGUAAAUGUCAAAAAGUAAAUAAGGUGGGAAGCCUUGCACCAUGAUUCCCUUGAAGAUGGAGAUUUGGAGUCACAUGUACUUUGAAAGGAAUAUUGCGGUUUAUGCUCUCAGCUCGCUUCCAGGUCACUGGAACAUUGAGAAUCAGUACAGACCGGCUCCACUGCCUCACCUUGAGCCCGAGCCUUUGUGGACACAUCUGACUUUCAUAGAGGUUAAAAACAUCUACCAUGUUUAGCCUACUAACACUAAUUCCAACUAUAGUGUUUCAGUAUAAAUAUGGGAAGCUAUAGAGUUAGUUUUCAUGUUCUAGAAUAUUAAAAUGAGUUUAUUUCUGAAACUCAUUUUCUGUAUAGACACAUACAUUAAGGUCUUGGGCUGUUCAACAUUUCCACACAAGGCUGAACAAAAGGCUGUUUAACAUUUCCACCAUUAUAGCCUACGAAAAAAAAAUACAAAAGGUCCACGUGCUCUACGUUUUAAACCAUACCAUAAAUUUUUCAAAACAUGAUUUGAAUAUAUAUAGGCCUAUAACAAAUGUCUUGAAACACAAUCACCUUGCACGCCCAUCAGUUACGGGUUUGUGUAGUUUCUACCUGGCCUGACUGUCAGGACGAACAGGAAGUAGGAGAUUACAGGUUACCGGAUUCAAUGUUUUAACUUCACAGCCAAAAUGCACACGGGGAAAAUGGUGCAGAGCACUGUUAAAUAUAAAGUACUUGCGAGCGAUGUGCAAGAUGAAAACGACAACGAUUGCACCGAAGAAGAAGGCGAUGAAGAAAUUACGAUAUAUUUCCAUUCGCCCUUCAUCAAUCAGCAAAGACAGAGAAGGAAAAGAGACACCUGUAUCAGGGUCAUGGUGGCUGUGAUUCUUCUGGGAAUUGUUUUUGGAUUUAUGGUGUAUGAAUGGAAUGGCUAUUGGUCUGGAGUUGAAGAGCGUCAGGACCUGUCACAUCAUCAGGAGCCUAACGGGACACACAAGAGCUCAGAGGAUGAAGACCACGAUCAUGACGAUCAGCAUGGAGAAGAUGAUGAUCACCAUGAAGACCAUGACCACAACCACAAAGAUGAACAUAAUCAUAAUAAUGGUAGUCACACUCAUGAGCACAGUCAACCACUGUACCACAAUGCUGCUAUCAUCACAGACUCAGCAAUCUGCUCUGGUAUUGGUAAGAAGCUUCUUCAGGAGCAAGGAAAUCUGGUAGAUGCAGGGAUUGCUGCUUUACUCUGCCUAGGAGUUGUUCAUCCACACACAGCUGGAUUAGGUGGAGUGUUUUCUGCAAUUUUGUACAAAGACGAUACAAAAUCAUUUAAAGCAAUACAUGACACCUCUCAGCAGCUUCCUACAUACAGAGCUCCCUCAUUAUUGCAGGGCCUUCAAAUGCUGCACUCCAACUACGGGCAUUUAAAAUGGAGUCGGCUUUUCGAGGGCGCCACGAAACUCGCUAAAGACGGCUUCCGUAUUGAUGGAAUCCUCUCCAGGGCUUUAGAAACCCACAAGGACAAAAUACUCCAGUCAGGACUGUCCGGUCUGUUCUGUGAUACGGACGGGCGUGUGAAAUCAGAGGGUGAGCGUGUUGCCAACGGGAAUCUAUCAAAACUUUUGCUGAGCGUCAGCCUAAAUGCCUCCCAUUUCCCAGAAAAUCUGGCCGUAAAAUUGGCUCAAGACAUUUCUGAAGCUGAGAGGCCGGCUUUCCUUGCUGCCGUUCAGGCCGGCAGCGGAGAAAUCAAUGAGCCCCUUAUCGUGGAAAAGGAGAAAUACACAAUUCUUUCAGCCCCCUCACAGCACACAGGUGGAAUGGUAUCCGAUAUAUUAGAUAGAGUUCGAGAGCAAAACCUCACUUUUCCGAGCCACGGAGAUCUCGGUAAUGCCUCUGCCUCUUAUAAAGCUCUCUUAAAUUUGGCGAAUGAAUUCCUCAACACAAGUCAGAGAGAGAUAUUCACAAGCAGUCAUGUAGGAAUCCUUGAUAGUCACGGCAAUUUCAUAGUAAUCUCCACCUCGCUCAAGAGCACAUGGGGAUCCGGGCAGUACUUACCAAGUAGCGGAGUCAUUCUCAAUGACUUUACCUCAGACGUCUCUCAGGUGCCUUAUUUUAGUUUUCCUCUAGUGCUCAACAUAUAUGAUAAUGAAGAGGAUCAAGACAAAGAGAUGGUGCUUGUUGCUGUGACCGGAGGGCUUUCUGCUCUGAUUCAUUCUGUGGUUAUGCUGAGAAACCUGGUUGACGUUGGACUGUCUGUUAAUGACACUGUGAGCAGUCCUCUGCUAUAUAUAGAGCAGGGGGGUCCCGACUCCGAGUCUCUGUCUGGCUGUAUGUCUGACGUCACAAACAACACUGUUGUCUUCCGUACGCCUUCAGAGCAAGACGGGUGGGUAAAGGAGGUGGGGGAAUGUUCAGAUGGCUUCCUGUCCAUGCAUCUGCAGCUGAAAGCAGAACAUGUAGGAGUCUAUGGAGCCACUAAGGUUUACGCUGAUGGAUACUAAGGCAAAAAAAGAAAAGAUCUGGACAGUAAUGACAUAUUUUGUAUAAAUGAUAUGUUAUGCACUUUAAGAGCAUUGCACUCAUACUCCUCAUGACUUAUGUCCAGCCUUACAUUACUGGGAAUGUUCUCUAUGUAAAUGUAACUGUUUUUGGUAAAAAAAAAAAAAAUCUAUUUUUAAAUAUAAUAGUUCCUCUGUUAAAGGGAUAGUUCACCCAAAAAUGAAAAUUUGAUGUUUAUCUGCUUACCCCCAGGGCAUCCA